AUGGGUAUCUCUGCCGGUAAUUCUAAGCCAGGAUCCAGGCUCGUCCGGCAAUAGGCAGAACAAGACUAGCAAGAACAAUUGGGCAAUCACCAAGCAAUAGGCAGAACAAGACUAGCAAGAACAAUUGGGCAAUCACAGCUCCUCAGAGUGGACAAAAACAGCGCCCAACACGUCAGGGGAUUCUUCAUGGUCCUCCCUUCCCAGAGUUGGGGAAAAGUAAAUAGGUUGCCCUGCGCCUGGUAGUGAUGAUAAUUCUAUCCGUCUAUGGGAUGUGUAAAAUGGAAAAGAAAUUUAAUCUGCUGACAAAAAAUAUAAAGAUAUUCUUGCUAAAUUCAAAGCACCACUAUUUUCAAAUAAUCCUCUGCCAGGUAUUUCAUUUUUUAUUACCUUUUAGAAUCCAACAAUAUUACAAUUCUAAGAAUAUCUUAAACACCACUAUUCCAAGCGCAAGGAGCAUUAAUUUUGAAAGGAGAAUUUAUUAAUUAUGAGGGAUACGAUCUAAGAUCAUUAUUCAAAUCCUUAGGAAGUUGCAUUUUGGAAGACCUUAAUUAAAAGUGA